AUGAGGGACGUCCCGGAGUGAGUUUGGAGGUUACCUCACAGCACCGGAAGUGAUAAGAGUUCGAAGAUGUCUGUCUCGGCUAUGUCUAUAUUUAGCUCCAGAUUAUCGAUUCCGGCUCAAUCCGUGUCGCCGCCGUCGUUCGGGAGAAGUGGCCCCGGGAAUUUGAGAAAGGGAUCUGCGAGAGUCGGAAUAGAGGGAUGUGGGUUGGCGAUAGAGUGCUCGUCGAGGCCGAAUAAGAAGGCGACGGCGCACCAUAUGAAGACGAGGCCGAAGAAGACGCAGCCGUGGGAUAUAAAGAGGAAGCCCACUGUGUACCCUCCGCUGCCGCCGCUGCCUCCUGACUGGACUCUGGUUUCCCCGGCAUCGGAAGCAACCGAUGAUGCUCCUCCUACUUCCCAACCAGCUACUGCUGGUUAGUUAGUAAUCAUAUUCUUAAUUCUUCUUGUGUAUGAGAUGUUGUUGUACUUAAAGCUCACACUUUUGACGCUGCUGUUUUUCGUUAUGGCAUUCAUGUUUCCCCUUCCGAAUACUCUCAUGCCUUGUGGCCAAAUGCAGUUUCUCGGUC